UUUUUUAGCUCUGCAUUGGUUUUAAAAUUUUCAUCGCUUGUUUUUAUCAUCCUGUUAUAGAAAACUGUCGUGAAUGUUUUUAUGUAAAUCCAGCUGUGAGCCUUACAUCUCUUUUUGCCAGUUCCUUAUGAGUUACAAAACAAGUCUGUUAACACACUAACUUCCUGGUCAACCGGAAUCGAGCGAACAUUCGCCCUCUGUUGUUCUUCAUUUCUUAAAUAGUGUAAAUAGUGAUUGCUUCUCUGGGUAUUUCAUGGGUAUUUGACUGUCGGUAUGGUGACGCAAAUCUGUGAUGGCGUCUUACGUUUUGUCAUGUUUGUGGUACUGUUGAUGUCUGUGUAUGUUUACAUGUCUUUCCUCACUUCUGCUACAUAAUUUUUCGUUGUUUUAGGCCUGUGUUGCCAAGACACCGUGUUCCUCGUGGUAAAUCCAGAUGAAUAGUACUCUUGCUUUACGUGAUGCAGCACUUUCUGGGUGCAAGAUUUAAUGGCUCAUUACUCUGCAGGGUACAGCCUGUCUUUGUGCACCUUUCUCAUUUGUGCCAGUGAGGACAUUGUAGUCAGUGUUGAAAAGACCUGUCAUGGUUAUUGAAAUAAGGAACUUAAGCUGUGUAUAAUGAACAACAUUUCCUCUUUUAGAGUUUUACCCAAGAUAUGUCAGCAUUAGCUUUCCCAUUUGACAAAAAUAUUCACAUUUAUGACAUUAAUUUCCCUUUGCUCACUAUCUCCUGUAAUUUAUUGAUGCCAGAGGAUUUCUUCUUAGAUGCGCCGGGAAUUUGAGAAGAUUUAAUGUUUGGAGACAUUGUGAGCACAUGAUGUAAGGUGACAAUACUGACAAUCAUGGCACGUAUAGAAAAGCCGGUCGGGCUGAACUUGCUCUGUUCUUGCAUAUUUUUGUUUUCUGCCUUAUCGCCUCAAUACACUAGAUUCUUAAUCAAGCUGCGCUUUGCCAAAAGGUGGCUUGAGCCUGAAUAAAUAGUUCUGGGGAUUCAGAUUUGGGAGAGCCAUUUUACAUUUAUUCAUUCACUUUGUCUUUAGAAAUACUAUCCUCAACAUGUCAAACAGGAAAUCAAUAUAAUCAAUAACCUCUGAUUUUGUGUUGUCUUAUGCCACUGUACCAACUGAUCCAUUUGUGUUUUUUGUCUUCAAUUUUGUCACAAUCUGUUCAUAAAAUUAAGGUACAUUUAAAGGUACGUGAGGAAACGGUCGCACCUGUUUUCAACUUUACAGAUUUAUGGUGCUUUUAAUUUAUUUAACAGAAAUAAAACUAUGUAUGAAGCAGUUUUGUUUUCCCAUUCAACACUGCCUUUUUAUUGACAGCUUGUUAUUUAGAUGAACAACAAUUGUACAAUGGUUUUUGGGGCUCACUCUUUAGGUGCAUGUGAAAUCGUUACCGGCUGAUGUUGACCGUAUAUUUAGUCUACUCAGUGGCCGGUGAGAGAUCCCUCACCUCAGUGCAACAUUCUCAUUCACCGUGAAUAUAAAACCCCCGACUUGGACCUGCUGCCACUAUUUGCCUGUUGUGUUGUAGCCCAGUUUCAACUUAUUCAAAGCCAUGGCCAUGCUCAGAGUGUCUUCUUACCGCAAGCUGUUUGAGGAUGAUAGCUGGAGUCGAAACGGAGGGUUAAGUCUGCAGUGUGCAGGGCAGUGCCGGUCCUCUGUCAGGGGUGCGGCCGUUAACGAGUGUAACUGUGACAAGUUAGACUUUGUAGCUGCCGAGGCGCUCAACAAGGAGGGUCUGAACCGGUUUGUCCAGGAGCGCAACAUCAUCGCAGCCCUCAACGACCGCCUGGUCAGGCUUAUUGAACUGGCCCAUUGUUUUGAGGAGGAGAAUGAGUCCCUUGAAUGUCAGAUUGUUGAACUAGAGGAGAAGCUGAACAGUCGACAAGCCUCCUUCAGCAUCACCUCCGCUGUGGCCGAGCCUGACUACAGUCUGGAUGCAGUGGUGGAAAGACUGCGCAGGGAGAGGGAUGAGAUUCUGUGUGACACAGAGGAGCUGCAGAAAGAGCUUGAACGUCUGAUGAAAGAGUACGAGAAAGCUGCACAGCAGACGAUCAUCCUCCAGCAGGGACGACAGGAGGUUGCUGAGGAAGUCGAUGCUGUGACAGCAGAGUGUUUGGCACUGAGGGAGCAAGUGGCUAUCUACGAGGAGCAGCUGGCCAACAUGGAGGCCCAGCACACAACGGAAGUGGAGAGUCUGCUGGAGCCAGCUGAAGGGGCUACAGGAGCCGUGGCAGCUAUUACAUUUGGCAGCCCUGACAUCACUCCAGCCCUGGUUGUAAAAGAGUACUACUGCCAGCUGGCCGAGAACCUCCAGUACGAGUGUGGUGCAUCCUCUUCCGCUGUGGUUCGCAGUGGUGAUGGAAAACAACUGGAAGUGGGGGGAGCUGGAGGGUCAGCAGUCAAAGACUUGUCAAAGAUAAAGGACGUCAAUGAGCUGAAGAUGCUGAUUUCAGAGCUACAAAAGGAGCUCUUUGAGCUGGAGAAGUGUAACGAGCAGCUGGAGUACGAGGUUGAGAUGAAGACUGCUGCAUAUAUUGACGAGAUUGCUGAGUUGGAGUGUACUAUUGAUGAAAUGCGGCACCAGGAGGCCGACUUCCAAGUGCAGAUGAAGAAGCAGUGUGAAGACUACAAGGAGCUGCUCAGUGAGAAGAUGGCCAGAGACAUGGAAAUUACUGCUUACAGGAGUCUGGUGGAGGAAGAGGAGGAGCGGCUGUGCAACCUGUGACUUGAGGCUGUAGAAUCAGACUGGCAGGCUGGAUACUCCCCCCACACAUGGAUUAGAAAAUAGACCAAAGAGAAACGUGAAAAACACACCGAAACCAGCACUAGGAUGAAGCUUAAGGUACCAAUGCAGCAAUUUAAGCAGAACUUAUCAUGAUGGAUUAAUGCCGUCUGGAGUGGGGCCAUUGAUAACAGGUCGCUGGCAGAUGACCCCGAGACUCCCAAGAAAGAUGGAGCUGUCUAAAAGAGGUGGGAGGAUGGGGUCUGCGCGAUGAGUGCGUAUCCAUUCAGUUUCUGGCAGGGAUAUUUCCUUAAGUGGGUUUUAUCUUUACCAGCUCACUGCUAUGAUUCAUAAAUGUGUUGUCCCCUCUUUGUUGAACAAGUCACACACACACACACACACACACACACACACACACACACACACACACACACACACACACACACACGUUAAACUGCGGCUCUGUGAAGUCAUCCCCCUCUGAUACCACCUCAUCCAUCACUCAAAUGUUGUCUGAUUACCAGCUCUUAACCCUUGACCCCAUCACUGUUAACGUAUUGACAGUUCUCCUUUUGGUAACUAAAAGCAUCCCACCUUCCCGUUGCUUUUACAGUCAUGCAUUCAUGUUUUGUUUUUACAUAUAACUGACAGUCAAGUAUGCAGUGCACUGUUUGCUUUUCAAAUGGUUCAUGAAGUUGUUGUUUUUCUGCAGCUCUUACAACAUGAGCACCUGGAUGUUUCUACAAGAAAAAGUCUGUGUGAUUCAUUAUUUCUCCUUCAGAAAUCAAUGUCCCAAUUUGCUGUCGUUUUUAGAAAUAAGCAUUCUGUAAUACAGUCCUCUGUAAUCUUUUUAUUUUCCACAUGACAUUUAAGCUGUCUGUGAUAAAUCAUUGUUGGUUCCCACUUCUGCACAAGCAUCCGCAUGUGCUUUAGAUUUAAAUUGAAUAAAACUAAUUGCUUGAGAGAUCA